UUGGCCAAACCGUUCAGUUGUUCGUUGGACAUAUGCCAAAGCGGUGGCGUUCGCGGUUAACACCACCAAAGGUACUUUGCGAAGAGGAAAAGUGAAGCUGUUAAAGAUAAAAAGAAAAUUAUUUUGAGAAAUUCUGCCAAACAGAAAUUCUGUGUGUGUGUUUAAUAUUAGCGUACAACGUGCAAAUGUGAAAAAGAAAUUUGUUAUUUUUUAAAACGAAUGUUUUUUUUUGACGAAAAAUAGUACAAUUAAAAUUCGAAGAAACGGAAAAUUAGAAACCGCAAAACUCGGCGUGUGGAAAGGUGCGAAACCUUAGUGAGCGCGGGGAAAUUAUACCUUUAAGUAUAAAUAAACAUAAACAAGAAUUUUACAGUGGCUAUAUUUGUGCAAUCAUUACAACACAAUACCUUGACGAUUUUUAUUGGGAAAGUCAUCAAUUUGGACUAAUUGGCUGAACACGUAAAAGAACCACGGCAAUUAAUGGUUAAACUUGACAAAUUGAUCGUAUUACUCAAAAGAACUUCAUUAGCUGUUGUUCAGUUGUUGUGAUACAAAUUGCUUUUGCAACUAUUGAGUGCUUAACAAAAGAUUUAAGCGACGAACUUGCCUGCAGUGAAGCCUUCCGUACAAUUAUUAAUUUUGUUGUGUUUUUCUUUUUUUGAACAUAAAGUAGCUGUUACUGGUGUAUUUAUUAAUUAAUACUACACUGUUUUCGUUGCUGGCACUUAUUUUAUAAUAUUGGAAAUAUCAAGAUAGCGUUGUUUCUUGCUAAUAUUGAAGCUGUCACAUUGAGGGUUAAUAAAAUGAUAUUAAGACUAUUUCUUUUCACUGCGGCCAUAUUAGCGCCAUAUUUUACCACAAAUGCACAAUUUCAUCAUUUCGGUGAACACAUCAACACACAUUUGGGCAGCGAAUGCGCUUUAGUGCUCUCUGGCCCUGGACGCUCUUCUGUCUACGACUAUAAUGUGAAUCUGUUUCGUGGCACAAUAAAUCCCUACACAUCAGACAGUACAUGCAUUACUUAUGAUGCAGUGAAUGCCGCCUAUUUGGAUGCGAGGAAGCGAAUACAUGUGGCGCAGCCGAAAGGAGAAUGGAAAACGGAGGAAUUGGCGACUGUGGGUGAACUGCUGCUGGAUAUUUCGAUACAGCUGGCGAGAACCUACGGCCUCGCAUACGAAGAGAUCGAAAAGGGUCUGCCCACAAUUGACACAUCGAAAACUCUGAUACGAGAGGUGUGUCCGCCAUUCUUUGCGGGUGUUGAGUGCCGCCCUGGCAAGUAUCGACGCUUCGAUGGCCUUUGCAACAACAUCGAUCAUCCCACAUGGGGUGCCACAAUGUCGCCAUUCCAACGUCUUAUUGGCCCACUCUAUGCGGAUGGCAUCAAUGCGCCACGCAUCUCGGUCACCGGUCAUGACUUGCCCAUUUCCCGUAUUGUCUCACGUACCAUGCAUCCGGAUGAUGGUUAUCACGAUCAUGCUGGCACGGUCAUGGUCAUUGCUUGGGGUCAAUUUAUGGAUCAUGAUUUUACACUAACGGGCACGCCAUUGGAUCCCGUCAACCGUAAUGAUCCCGAAGAAUGCUGCAAGCGCCCUUUGCAUCUGAAGCAUCCGUAUUGUAAUGAAAUUCGUGUUCCUGACGAUGAUUACUUCUAUCGGCUCUUCAAUGUCAAGUGUAUCGAUUUCGUGCGUGCUUUCCCUUCGCCACGACCUGGGUGUAGAUUGGGCUCUCGUCAGCAAUUCAACACUUUGACCGGAGUCAUCGAUGCGAACACCGUUUAUGGAGUAACUGAGAAAUUCGCGAGAAAACUUCGCACUGGCUAUGGAGGUUUGAUGCGUAUGAACCCCGUCUUUCAAGAGUAUGGCCUAAAAGACCUACUACCCCUCAAAUUGGACAUCCCUGACGAAGGUUGCACGCGUCCGAAUAAGAGCAUGUUCUGCUUUGAAGGCGGCGAGAUACGUGUGAAUGAACAGCUGGUGUUGACUUGCAUGCAUACGCUCAUGGCGCGCGAACACAAUCGUAUAGCCACCGCGCUGGGACAAAUCAACAAACAUUGGGAUGAUGAAACGAUAUUCCAAGAGGCGCGACGUAUCAAUAUCGCCAUUGUGCAACACAUCACCUACAAUGAGUUCUUGCCGAUAUUGUUGGGUAAAGAGGUGAUGGAGAAAUUCGGUUUGGUGCUACAGAAGGACGGUUACUGGGAUGGCUAUGAUCCCAAGGUGAAUCCUGGCAUAAUAGAUGCUUUCGCUGGUGCCGCUUUCCGUUUCGGGCACUCACUGUUACCCACAGCUGUGGAACGUUGGUCGAAGGCGCACAAAUUUAUAGCGUCCAAACGUCUGUCGGAUUUAAUUCGUCGGCCGUACGAUUUGUAUCGCGCUGGUGUGCUGGAUGAAUACUUUAUGGGUUUGAUGAAUCAGGUGGCGCAAGCUAUGGAUGACUCCAUCACACAGGAGGUGACAAAUCAUUUGUUUAAGAAGGAAGGCCAACGUUUCGGCUUGGAUUUGGUAGCAUUCAAUAUGCAGCGUGGACGUGAGUUCGGUCUGCCGGGUUAUAUGGAGUUCAGAAAGUUCUGUGGGCUGCCAACGUCAUCGGCAUGGGAAGAAAUGUUCGGCUCUAUGCCAAAUGAUACGAUUGUGCGUUACGAGAGCAUAUUUGAACAUCCUGCCGAUAUUGAUUUGUGGUCAGGUGGUGUUUCCGAAAAACCCUUGCCCGGCUCCAUGCUGGGUCCGACCUUCGCUUGUGUUAUUGCCACUCAAAUGAGUUACACACGCCGCGGUGAUCGCUUCUGGUAUGAACUAUCCAAUCAGCCGUCCUCCUUCACACCCGAACAGUUGCAAGAGCUGCGUAAGGCGAAACUGUCACGUCUGAUCUGUGACAACACUGAUCUUAUCGAUACUGUACAAAUUUACCCAAUGGUCUUGCCAGAUCAUGAAAUUAAUCCACGUGUGCCAUGCAAGAGCGGUAUUAUUCCAUCAAUAGACUUGACGAAGUGGGCGGAUUACUCCAGUCCCGAAGUGGGACAUCAUCAGCCAGUUUACAACUUCAUCAACGAAAUUCCUGAUACAUUGCUGAACUUUAAAAAGAAAUAGACAAUAAAUACCGAACAGUACGCAGGUGAUUGGCUGUAAGAUGGAGUACGGGGACGAGCAAACUUUCCUCUUAUUUGUUUUUAAUUUUUCAUUCUAGAAAUGUAAUAAUAAGUAUUAAAAAAAAUUAUUGUGCAUUAUGCCAUUCAUAAAAAAGAUAUUCUCAAACAAACAUUUUUUCUUAGCGAAUUCGCAAUACCAUUUUCGACAAAAUAAUUACUCACUAUUACUUACAUAUACGUUUUUACAUUUGUAUUUCAUCUUUCUAAGUCACUUUAUUGUCUUCCGUUAGUAAGUAAGUGUCCUUUGUUGCUCUUCCUUUGGUUGCAUUAUUUUAUUUGAACCAUAUAAAGAUUUUUUUUAAUCUUUUUUUAU